AUGAAUAAAGCUGUAAGAGUAAGGUACUCGAGUCUUGAUGAAUCACGAACCAAUACUAAGAGAUAUUAAACAGUGUAUACAGUCACAGACACAAUAAAAACUCAAGUGAACAAUCUUAAGUUUAAUCAUCAUCCUUUGAGCUAUUACAUAUCCAGGAUUUGCAAGAAUGUAAAAGAAAUGCGGAGAUAUCGUACUGAUGCUUACAUUAAAAAUCAACUCACCAAGAUCUAUGCUCAAACUAUUCAUCUCAAAGAAAUCCAUGAUGUGUUCAAGGUGCCUAUCCAAUAUAUCAACGAAGAUCUUAUUCUCUCCAGAUGCACCUUACAAUUGAUUUCACAGAUGCCGCAUCAAUAUGCUCUUCGUCCUCAAUAACAGCUUACCCAUUUCCUUCAGUGGAUGGCUUAUUUCGAUGAUUAAGUCUAUUUGGAAAUGCAGAGAAUUCAUGAAGGAUACUUAUUUCAAAUUCAAAGAAAUAUCCAAGAACAAUAUACAAUUAAUGUUAUUAAACAACAAUAAAUCAAACAUCAAAUCCAUCCUCGAAAGAGAGACAUGUACAAUUAUGUGAAUCGACUCAUUACAAAGCCAUCUUUUAGAACCAUGAGUCGAAUAUCUGUCUUAGAGAAUUAUGAGACCAAAUUUGGUGAAUUUCAAUUAAUUACACCAUAUGCUCGUAGUUAUGCUAAACAGUUAGAUACUAUUUCUUAAAAUCUCAACACAAUUGAAUGA